AUGUCUGACGACGAAUUCAACUUCAGUAUAGAUCUCCCGCGUAGCCAGCAGCGGUGUCAGCUCAAAGCUCGCGCGUCACACAUCUGGGGCGAGCUCUAUAACCCGGAUACCGAUAAAUAUAUCAGGGUGCGUUGGGAUGAUCCACGGUUACUGGCGCAGGAGGCGGAGGAGGAAGCCCGCUUUGAGCGAGCCGCCCUUGAGCGAGAGAAGGAGCUAGAGGUGGAGCGCGCCCUCAGAGGCGAUCCCCUUUCAAUGUCGCUUACUCAGCGUCUAUCUAGGCCGCUGCCUGCCAGCGCAGGCCCUGCUGACGACGACGAUGGCAUCGUCAAGGCAAUGCGACCUGUCCCAGUCACGCAAAAGCAGCAGGACCGGAUGAACCUUCCUACGGACGCCUUGGUGGAGGAGGCACAAGAGGCUAAAACAGUACGCCUGUCAAAGGAGCAAAGGAAUGGGAUGGACGCCAUGUUCAUCGUGCUCCGUCGUAUCAUGUGCAUUUGGUGCAUCGAAAACGACGUCACCUACACCCGAGCGAAGUCAGAGUUCUGCAAUGCCAAUGUGGUCCGAGCCGACACGGCGUGGAACCUGUACCAGCAGACUGCGGAGGCCGAAGAGCUCCGCUCGGAGGCCAAAAAGGCUCUUGCGAGGACAGCGGUCGAGAGGCGGGAGCAUGGCUCUGUGGUGGCACGCUCCAAGACAAAGACGUCGAACGUCCAGUCCAACAGUGUUGGGAAGUCGUCAGCUCGAGAGGACCUCGAUAGCGACGAGGAAGAGGAGGACGACAAGGAGGAUGGAGACACGAGAUCAGACGGACGCCAAGAGGGGACGGAGGAUGGUGACGAGCAGGAUGAUGACGAGCAGGAUGGGCAGGGGAGCAAUCAGGGUCAGCUGGACAGGCUGGGGCGGGAGGAAGAGGGGAAUGACGGUGACGACGAUCAGCCGCACUUCAUCCGUCGAGCGUAUAAGGCCAGGCAAGAUGAUUGGAGGGAGAAAAACGGCUUGGACCCAAACAAGACGGAUCUCCCAGGAUUUCUCGAGUCCAUCGACGCCCUUCCCAAGAAAGGGGAUAGUACGAGCGACGCCAACAAUAACGAGAAGCUCCAGCGCAAGAGCAGGCUCCACGAUGUCAACGUUUUCAAAGAUACCGUUCAGCGUAGGAUGAAUCAACUCGAGGACAAGCACCAAGUCUCCUGCUUUGUCUUCAUCGCCUCUGCCCACCGCCAGGACGAAAGGGUGCAGGAGAUCGUUCGCUCGCAGGUGGCCGCCGCCUUUCUGCGAAGUCAGAAGAGUGUUCGACCUUUACCUUUUUUGGGCGAGUUCGCGUCUUUCCUUGAGGGCAACAAGAUGGCUCGUGGGGAUUGGGCUAGUGGGGCACGGCUGGAGCCCAUGCCGAGUGACUUGAACGUCGAGAAGCGGCGUGACCACAUCCAAAAGACCUUGACCAAGCAGUAUAGCGAAGUCAGGUCAGCGGCGUACCGGAUUCUCCACCCGAUGUCCACGAGGCAGCCUUCCGAGCAGAAAACCAUCAGCUGGAUGUGUCUUGAGAAGCAUGGGGUCGAGGUCUUGACGGGCUCUGUGGGAGCAGAUCUUCUGCGCGGACUCGAUAGCGACGGCAAGAGAAUCAAAUGGUCGAAGGAGCAAUGCCGUGUGGUGUGGGACGAGAUGGACAAGGGGCUCAUCAAGUUCAAGGUGAAGAAUGGUCUGAGGGCGGUCAAGCGUGGGGCGACUGAUCAAGGCGGACGAGACGCGGGUGGCAAGAGAGGGAAGACAGUAGACAGGGAGGGGCCAGAAAGGGACGGCGGUGCCAAUCAAGAAGGGGGGGAAGAGGGCGGUGUAGGAGAGGGGGGUAGUGGUGGGGGCCCGGGGGCGAGCGCCAGUGGUACCUUGUAA